GUAGUAGAUGUGUCCGAUAUGGAUAAACAAACGCUCGAGAUGUAAAAAAUGCGUCGAGUGUGGAUAUUCAAACGCAGCAAAUGUAGGUUCUUUUGUUCGUCUCAGUGGUGUAGGAAUGAGAUUUUUUUAAGAAAAUUGAGGUUAUAUCAAAAAAUAUUUUAUUUUCAGAAUAAUACACAAUAUUUUUAUAUUAACUCUGGUUAUUUUGGUUUUGUCGCAGUUAUAUUAAUCAAAAAUAGUAAAUAGUAUUAUUUGCAUUAAGAAUAUAGCAAAAAUAGUGAAAAUUGUUGUGUCCGUAUUGUUUACAGUCACCCUAUAAGUCCUUCCACAGUUAUAAAACGAUCAUAAGACUUUUUAUGAAUUUGCAUUACAAGUCUGACAAACGUUGAUUCUGAAAUCUGAAAAAUUGUCAAACAAAUCAUACUGACAGAUAUUCUUUAACGCAUACAUGAGCAUACAUUACACGCAAGUAGGUGAAGGCGGAAUCAAAGCAGUCCAACAAUAUGGCGCAAGUCCUCCUCAUUUCGUCAUCGAAGAAAUCAUUCAAGAAAAGAAAUUAACCAACGAAGAGGCUUCUAAGUGUCUAAACACCCUAGGAAAAGAUGAAAGUGGUGUCAGAUACGCUUACUUAAUGAUGACUGCAUCUGAAAUGAAACUCACUGAUAUAUCUGUGAUCACCAAUUAUAACCAUCUUCUGUUCGUUGACGUAACGGGUAAUUUAUUAAAUCUAGAAGCUUUGCAAGUUCUUUCGCAGAUACCGUACUUACUCUACAUCAGAGCCGAGAGGAACAGACUUGAAUCUGCAGCGUUGAACAUAAUCCCUUACCUACAAGUAUUGAUUCUUAAUAAAAACGCUAUCAUAGAAACUGGAGAUAUAAACCAGCCGAUGUUAAAUUCAAUAGAACUUUCUGACAAUCAAAUAUUUACUGUACAAUUUGACCCGGAUCGUCUGGAAUCAGUUAGGGAGAUAACUCUAGCUGGUAAUCACCUUCUGGAUACUUCAGGAUCCUAUCCGAAGACGCUAGAAAGAUUGUACUUAGGUAGAAACAAAAUCUGCAAGAUCAAUACCGAUUUCUCUCAGAUGGAAAAGCUCCAAGUGUUGCAUUUAAGAGAUAAUAACAUAAGAAAACUAUCAGGUUUCACUUCUAAUUUAGAAAAUCUUAAUUACCUCAACGUAAGAACUAACAAAAUCAAUAAAAUUCGUCAGUUCAGGAAGUUGACUUGUUUAUCAAGCUUAGAAACGCUUGUAAUGCUCGAUAAUCCUUUGUAUUCCAAUCCGAUUAUGGUGGAACACAGAGGAGAAGGUGGCGAAGGCACUGAACGUGGUGGCUACACAACGGAAGACACGGAUGAAGACAAAUCCGAGAUGUACGGCGAGGGUCAUGAAGAUAUUGCGCCACUUGAUAUCGUUAGAGUACGUCUGUUGGCGCUUCUACCCAAGUUGAAACGGAUAAACAAGGAUUUGGUUACUCACGAGGAAAGAAAGAUGGCCGAGGAAAGCAGGCAGCGGUUGCUGGAUGAAAUAUUCGCCGAGGAAAGCAGCGAAGAAGAAACGGAACUCGCGACGACCAAUUAUACCAGUGAUUUUACUGAUUCUGAAGUGGAAUCUGGACAUCCUGUUAGCGAGCAGACUGUUGUCGAUGAAUCUGACGAUGGACCAUAAAGAAGUGAAUAUUAUUUAAUAUCCCUAUCAUCGCGCCUGAUGUAAUUAUUAAUCAUUUUAAACUCAAACAAAUAAUGAUUGAGAGUGAAAGCAGGUAGAAAUACGACCAAAUCGGAGGCGUGCUUAUUAUUUUUGAGAGGGUACAAUUAUUUAAAAUAUUCAUACAAUUUCUUUUAUUUAUUUCAUGAAAACUUUGCAAUAUCGUAAUUUACCUAAUCGUUGUAGUCAUUAGUGGGGCUUUAUGAAAACGGAGUAAUAAUUGUGGUAAUUAUAGUAGGAACCAAAUAAAUUAAGAAUAUUAAUAAAAAUCACAAUAUAUAUUUCAAAUUAAAAAUAAGAAAGAUACCUAAUCAGGGGUUGGUUUGGUGACAGAAACAAUAUCAAUUUUACUAUUUUAAUAAUGAAUUUAACUUUAUUUCACAAAUUAACGUAUAUUUAUAUAUUAUGUCGCGGCCGAAGUCAGUAAGGAACUGUCUCUUAAGUUUCUUCUUGGGUUACACAUACAGAAGUAUUACUUAAAUUUUAAAUUAAAAUCAUAAUGACGGAUAUUGCAUAUCCAAUGCAAUUUAUAUUUUUAUUUUGUUUUGUUUAGUUAUUUUUUAAAUUUUUUUAUUUUUUAAUAUUUUUAUAUUAUAUUUAGUUUUUAAUUUACUUCGCUUUGUCUAUAAAAUUUUUGUAAUUUUUCAAUGACAAUAAAGCAUACCUCUGUAUAUAUAUAUAUAUAUAUAUAUAUAUAUAUAUAUAUAUAUAUAUAUAUAUAUAUAUAUAUAUAUAUAUAUAUAUAUAUAUAUAUCUCCCGGUUUACCUGCAGUUCCUCGAAACUAGCCAGCCUUACCCAAGAAACCCUAAUUGGGUUCGGCCAACAUUAAAAGACAUUAUAAAGCUUAAAUUACUAUUUGAUUGGUACUUAAAUCAUAAAAGUUUACACGCACCUAUCAUUUCGGAAAUCCCUAAGUAAGAUAAUUAGUUUGGAUAUAACCUACAGGAUUAUGUUUUCUUGACCGCCAAACAUAAUAAUAAUAAUGUUUAUUUCAAAUUUAUGUAACAAUGUACAAAUUGAUACAAUAAUACUAAUUAAAUAAAUAAACAUUUGUAUCCUGCUGAGACAUUGUUCAUGUCUGUGUACAGGAAUUAAAAAUACAAAUUUAUAUAAUAAUUUCUAAAUGGUAAUAGUGAAUGGUAAAAAUAAAAAUUAUACCUAAAUAUAUAGACUUCUUUCUGUGUACAAAUUUUCUUCUAAUCUUCAACCUCAGAUUCGUCACUGCUGCUACCGCUAUCAUCAAAGUUAAUUAUGAUUGGUUCAAUAUUGUGUUCAAUACGGUUGUCUACGUCCCACAUUUUUUGCUCUUCUUUUAAAACAUGCUGAAUGCAUUUCUUCCAGUCUUCUGCAGAAACAUUUUGAAUGGCUUCUUGAAGGUAACGUUGCACGUCCACUAAUUUAAAUGUUCUGUUUUCUCGUGCCACAUAUCCUUUUACUUGCGCCCAGAUUAAUUCUAUUGGGUUUAAUUCGCAGUGGUACGGUGGUAACCUUAAUACUGUAAUUCCACGACUUAGCGCCAUUUCAUCCACUGCGAAUUUUUUAUAUUUGUCUCUGUGUAAUUUUGUUAACUGAAGUAGUUCUGCCUUUAAACUAUCUUUUUUAUAUUGGGUGUUUUUAUUAAUUAACCAUUCUUGAAUUGCUCGUUUUUUCCAUGAUUGUUUCGGUAAUGAUUCUAAAUACCGACUAUGAUAUGGGGCAUUGUCCAUGACGACGACAGACCCAGGUUCCACAAGUUGAAUGAUGCCUUCAAACCAUUUUUCAAACACCUCCGCAUUCAUCUCUUCAUGAUAGUCGCCUGUUUUCUUGGAUUUAAAUAUUAAUUCACCAUUUGGUAAAAAUCCACUGUCGCUUCCUAUAUGCGUAACCAUCAGACGACUACCUUUUCCAGACGGCUGUUUUAACCCAGUUGACAAGCCUUCAAUAAAGGCUUAUCGUGCACUUGUUAUAUGACCAUCCUGCCAUACUUUUUUGACCGUAUGUCCUUGGUUAACCCACGUCUCAUCCAUGUAGUAAAUUUUUUUUUUGAUAUUCCGAAAUUCCUCAAUUUUUCGGAGAUAAUUUCUUCUCCAUACUAUUAUUUCCUGACGUUCAAUGAGAAUGCUUUUCCUGUCGACUUUUCCGUACGUAAAUUUCAUUUCGUGUAAAAUUUUCCUCAAAGUUUCUUUACUCAUUUGUGGGACCAAUUCAUGAUCGCUAACUGCCUCCAGAACUUUUUGCAAAGUGGGCACCUCAUUUCUGAAAAAGAAACUGUGAAUAGUUGUGCGUAUACUGUUUUUGGCUUCUUCAUCAACUGUGAUUUUUUUUCUUCCGCUACUAGUUUUUGGCGUUUGUACUUCCCCAUGAAUUUUGUUUUCUCUUAGUAUUUUGUAAACUGAUGAUUUUGGUACACCCGUAUAAUCAGAGCACAUAUCAACUAAUUUAUCUUUUGUAAUUGUGAAAGUUAAUGAUGUUGGAACGCCCGGUUGGUUAUUCGGAGGUACAUCCGUAGAAUUACAGUACAUAUGCACUAAGUUAUCUUUUGGUCGCUGAUGAUCUCUUUCAAGACAGUGAAAUACUCGAAGUACAAUUUGUUUUUCACUUAGCGACCGAGACUUCGACCGUUUUACCUUUUUCGACGUUGAAUGCCCUUCAAUGUCUUCCAUUUUUUGCAUAGUUUUAGAACGGUGUAGAAAUAUUAUAAUCUAAUGUUUAAACACUUAUUAGCACUAAUAUUUUCACCAAUUGUUCUUACAACACGUCGAUUACUUACUAACUUAACUGUAAAACUUACAAUUCACACCGUAUAAUUCAAAACCCGAUGUUACGCUCGUGGUUAUAAAUACACUACUGAGAACGUCAUCGACGAGAUGGAUUUUACGCGUAACAAACAAAGACACAAAUAUCGCUCCGUACACCGAUGCCAUUAGUUGUAACAAAUACUGAACAAUCCAUAAAAUAAUUAAUUUUAAAUGAUAAAGAAAUGUACAAGUAUUACUCAUUACUGAUUUUUGUUAUAAUUAAUAUCUUUUAUUAGUACUAUGAUUGUAUAUUAUCUAUAAUUUGCCACAACUUACAACUCUACUACUUACUCUAUUUUGAUUCUGCUAAAAACUAGUAAGGUAAAAUUGAGAUAUGACAACACGGUUCACUCUCAAUCAUUAUUUGUUUGAGUAUAGUGUUUAAUAUUUAUUUUUGAUUAAAGUUCAUUUGUUAGCGUUCAAAUUACAUAUUUAUAUAGCAUGGAGUAUGGUUUUUCAACUUUGAUCAAAUUUCAUAUAACCAAAUAUACGUUCUUUUUAGAAUCCAAAUCUGCAAGUAAAAAUAAAGCGACCAUUAAGUAUAACUAUGUAGUUUAAAUAAAAAAAAAAAUUAAGUACCACGUUCUUUUUACCAAAUGAAAUUCGUUCUGAUAACGAAAGCACAAACCCUGGAAAAUGAAUUACCAAAUAAAUUCUAGUGUUGAAAAUCGAGCUUAGACUCGAGAUAUUUUCCGUCGGAAAAUCGCUAUUCUCGUCUCAGAGGCGCGCGAUCCAACCUUGUAAUUUACUCGGAAAUUCCUCAGUCUUAUAAUCCGGGAAUUAUGUUCCCCAAAGGAAAAUAUCCGAAGGAAAUGAAUGUACAUGGUAUACCAUAGCCUUUUUGUUGCUGAUAAUUAUUCAUUGAGUAGAUAGAGGUUUUUGCUUAACGAAG